GAGACAGAUGAGCGCGGAAGGGACCAUAUUGAGAACUCUGGAUGCCUGGGGCCGCCAUUUUAAGUAUGGGCCCAGCUGAGAAGCCCUGUACGGUGAAACGCUGUGACAUGCGGCUGCCAUAUUGGUGCGGAUCCCCCUGGCGGCGGCCAUCUUGGACGGAGACCUGCUGUGGGCGUCGCCAUCUUAGAAGUAAAACGGCCCCUUCCCAGGAACUGGAACCAAGCUCCUCCCCUCUCACUGGGUACCUCCUGUCUGCGACUGCCCUUCGGAAUCCCUCCCUCAGUCCGCCCCGUUCGAACGGUAACACAGGAGCUGUCCUCUGAGACUCUGGAUGACUUUAUUCUUCAAAUGGCUUUACACUUCCAAUAGUUCCAGGGACCCUCCAUUCCCCAUAUCCAGGAAAAUGUGAUGAGCUACAGGUAUCAGCUUCUAGAUCACCACUUUAACGUUCUAGCUACAAGUGACUCGAGUGGAAGAUCCAGGGGCGGCGAGGUCCAUCAGGAAGAUGUCUAAAGAAAUGGCAGACCGAAGAGAAGAAGGAGCAGCUGGGGAAAAAGAGGCAUGCAGAGAUCAGAUCAAAGAAUCGGACAAAGACGAGGAACCACCAGCUGCUUCAUCCCAUGGCCAGGGGUGGCGUCCAGGUGGCAGAGCACCUAGGAACUCAAGGCCUGAACCCGGGGCCAGACCCCCUGCACUCCCCAUCAUGGUCAAUGACCCACCAGUACCUGCCUUACUGUGGGCCCAGGAGAUGGGCCACGUCCUGGCAGGCCGUGCCCGCAAGCUGCUACUGCAGUUUGGGGUGCUCUUCUGUACCAUCCUCCUCCUGCUCUGGGUGUCUGUCUUCCUCUAUGGCUCCUUCUACUAUUCCUACAUGCCGACAGUCAGCCACCUCAGCCCCGUGCAUUUCUACUACAGGACCGACUGCGAUUCCUCCGCCUCCUUACUCUGCUCCUUCCCUGUUGCCAAUGUCUCACUGGCUAAGGGUGGACGUGAUCGGGUGCUGAUGUAUGGACAGCCGUACCGCGUUACCUUAGAGCUUGAGCUGCCAGAGUCUCCUGUGAAUCAAGAUUUGGGCAUGUUCUUGGUCACCAUUUCAUGCUACACCAGAGGCGGCCGAAUCAUCUCCACCUCUUCACGCUCCGUGAUGCUGCAUUACCGCUCAAACCUACUCCAGAUGCUUGACACACUGGUCUUCUCUAGCCUCCUGCUGUUUGGCUUUGCAGAGCAGAAGCAGGUCCUGGAGGUGGAGCUGUACCCAGAAUACAGGGAGAACUCGUAUGUGCCGACCACCGGAGCCAUUAUCGAGAUCCACAGCAAGCGCAUCCAGCUGUACGGAGCCUACCUCCGCAUCCACGCCCACUUCACUGGGCUCAGGUACCUGCUGUACAACUUCCCGAUGACCUGCGCCUUCGUUGGUGUCGCCAGCAACUUCACCUUCCUCAGCGUCAUCGUGCUCUUCAGCUACAUGCAGUGGGUGUGGCGGGGCAUCUGGCCCCGACACCGCCUCUCUCUGCAGGUAAACAUCCGAAACAGAGACAGUUCCCGCAAGGAAGUCCAGCGGAGGAUCUCUGCCCAUCAGCCAGGCACGGGGCCCCAAGGCCAGGAGGAGUCCACUCAGCUGUCACCCAUUACAGAGGAUAGUGAGAGCCAUGCAGAUCCCUCGGAGCCAGAAGGCCAGCUGUCUGAGGAGGAGAAACCAGAUCCACAGCCCCUGAGUGGCGAAGAGGAGCUAGAGCCCGAGGCCAGUGACGGUUCAGGCUCCUGGGAAGAUGCAGCUCUCCUGACGGAGGCCAACCUGCCUGUUUCUGCCCCUGCCCUUGCCCCGGAGACCCUGGGCAGCUCUGAACCCUCGGCAGGCACUGUCCGACAGCGCCCCAUUUGCUCUAGUUCCUGAAGAGAAUAGGGCAGAGUCCCCACACUCCAGCCCUCUCCCCCCUGAUCCCUUUCCCUUUCCGGGGCUCCCCCAAUAAACUAUUUUCGUGCCA